GACACGUCCAGUUUGUUUGAGAUGAACUUGUUUUAGAUGCUUCCUUUUCACCACAAAGACUCAUUAUAUAUUUAACGUCAUUACUUUACUGCUGGUGUUGGUUUAUUUAGCCGAGCGUCAUUACAUUAACGUUACCUGUUACAUUAGCUACAUUUACGCUAAUUUACGUACGUCAACUAACUCAGAUAUGAAGCCCGCGCGAGGCUCUAACCGGGCGGCAUCAAAAGCACCAAACCUGAAAAACAAGACAAAAUCAGACAAGACGACGAGUAAACAAGCACCGCAGCAUCGGGAUCCGGAGCCCAGUGACGGUCACCAUGGCAACAGCACUCACUCAAAAACAGCACAGAAACGGAAAGCUGAAGGAUCAUCUUCAGUCGUCCAAAAAGUCAAAAGUCAGGAAAACUUACCAAAGUCAACCAUCAUUGCUCUGGAGAACAUAAUGGACUUGUCCAUACUAGCAACUCUUGCCUUGAGACGGACAGAGAAGAAAGAGAGCCAGGAGCAUCUAAACAUAGUGAAAAACAGGUUCCUUACUCACUGUGCACAGCUCAAAGUUCAAGUGCAGAAACAAAAAGAAUUGGAUCAUUCAUCUCACCGCCACCAGGAGGAGGCCAAGAAGUCUGUGGCUGGAAAGAAAACUCUGAGCUCGCUGGAGGAAGACUUGAGGGCUGUGGUCAGUGCUCUUGAGAAGACAGAGGAACAGACCGUCUCUUUAGAGCACGCAUGCAGCACAUUGAGAGCAAGUGUGGAAGAUGAGGAGGAGAAAGCUAAAGAGAUCUUACAGAUAACUGAGCAAGCAGUCCUCAACCUCCCCCCUCUCCCUCUACAAAAGGAUCGAACCACAUUAGAGGCUCAGAUGAGAAAAAUGAUACCAGACACAGACUCUGAGACCGCUGCACGAAAACUGGGAGAAAUCUUGCAGAAAUCGGACGCCAUUCAGGAUGCCCAGGCACUAUUUAUGAAAGCACACAAACAUGCUGAUCAGCUGCUCAACCUUGACCUCCCACCAUUCAUCCCUGUCACUGGUGCUCCUUGUUCAAAGGAAACCUAGACAAAACUCUCCUUACUCUGUGCAGAAAAGAAUUUAAAAAAGAAAUUACAAAUCUAACACGUUUGAAAAUGUACGCAAAUUUUUUUUAAUGUUGUUUUUUACUUUCGGGG